AUGACGGACAUAGUAUCCAGUGCCCUGUCGUCGAUCUUCGAUCCGGAGGCCCCCGGGGCCGACUUUGUCGACGACUACCGACAGCGCGAAGACCAACAGGUAUCCGUGCGAAACCUGCCCACCUGGGCGGAUCUGGCGCGCAGAGAGGACGAGGCAAAGUCAGACGACAAUGCAAUCGGGGCGGAGGAACUGGAAAAUCCUUUCCAGGUCGACGUCCGCCCCUGCAAGCGGAUUAAGCUUUAUCAGGUUCUUCAUGAUGUGCAGCGCCGGACCAUCAAGCGCCUUGUCGUUGUCGCACACGCUUUUUCUUCUUGUAGGUUCUUGGACCAUUAUUUUUUUUAUCAUACUCAAUGCGCCGACGAAUCGACAUUACAACAGGGCGACAUAUGCAGCUUGGACGCACAUGCACUGACGUUGGAUGUUUCGUACGCAUUUCCGCCCACGGAUUCUCCUAGGAAUUCCCCCAGCCGCAACAAGUACAACCAGGAUGCGGGUUCGCAGUCGCAUAUUGUGGACGAUCGGUCGACCGCCUACGGUGGGUCCAGUAGCAGCGCUAGCAGCAGCAGUAGCAGCGGCGGAAACAACUUCUACGGCAACCACCCGCUCGCGCCGUCGAACGCAAAUGCUGUGUACAAUUACGGAGGGGGUGCAGGAGCAGGAGGUGCUCCACCUGCUCCGCCGGUAAUUAUCCAGAACGCGCAGCAGUAUUACAUCGGGGAUGAAGAUGACGCGAACAGCGCAACCCGUUCCACCAGCAACCAGAACCAGCCAUCCGGACGCUUCCAGUCCGGGGGGUCGCACCCCUCCGAUUUCAGCCCACUCGGAAAUCCCGAAGCGCGUGAAAACCCCUGCUCCCUCCUGCCAGUCGCUGGGGUGCGAAACGUUCUCAAAGAGUACUCUGCUUUGAUAAGUAGUAGUACCCUCGAGGCCCAUGUGAAGAGUUGUGCAUGCUCGUAGUUUUUGGAAAAACAAGAAGAAGGACGUAAAGGCUGGAUCCGAACCACAAUUAUUCCCGCAGCUGCGUAGAGUAGAGCAGCACAGCGCAGAGGUUUUCGUGAAUACUAGUUGUCGUCGCAAUUUUUUCCACAAUCAAAGGUAUCACCACGUGAUGAGCUUGCACUCCGGGAGUCAGAUGCUCUCUACGCUGGUGUCAGAAGACAGCAUUGACUUCUUUGGGCAUACUAUCGCAAGAAAAAACUGUUUCACUGUGAACUUGUGAUGCAGAAAAUGGAUCGCAGAAGUGUGUGUCAUGCCACACAUGCAAGACAAUGGAUUUCUAGCUGUGUUUUCCCUUAGGAACUCCGCAUGACAGAUUUUCAGUGUCACGCGUAACAAACUUGUGAUGCAGAUUUUGCAAAAUCACCACAGUGAAACAGUUUUUUCGUGCGAUACAUACGGACGGCUUCGAGACGCAGAAUCAAAUUUACGGGAAUCCCCACGGCGGAGGGGGUGGCUACCACCAUGGGGACGGGGGGACGUCGUCCUUCGGCGGGCCAGGUCGCACGCUCUCACGCAAUUGGAAUCCGCGGGACGUGGGACACACAAUCCUGGUCAACUCUGCGGACGGAGAUACGACGUUGACGCAGCCUUCGAAACUCCUCCGCGGUGGCGAAGUUGUUCACAUGAAGGGAAAUUUCGGAAAUUUGCUCUGUCGGAAGCUGCUGCUCUUCUCGGGCCCCCGGUACACGGUCAAGUACAAAAAAGCAGCGAGGCACACGUGGCAUGUCUGUGUAAGUAACAACUUCUUGUUGAGACAUUUUUUUUUUGUGCUGAGCCACACGAUAUUGAUCUCUCAACGUAGGUGCUUCGGUUCUUUUUCUUCUCUCGGUAGCCGCUCCGCUGUCGUCUAAAACUGAACAAAUGAUAAGCCACAGAAGUUGUAGCUACACUCCGCAGGUCCGGGAGAUGCUGAAGAUGGCCGACGAACUGAAACUGAAGUCCAUCGCAAUUCCGAUUUGCUACUCCGUGCGAAAAAACUACCCGCUUAAGGAGAGCGUCCACAUCCUGCUGCGCACGGUGCGCCGGUGGCUGGACUUGUUGCCCAAUAAUAUCGAGGACGUGAUCCUCGUGUCCCCGUUCUCGGAUCACAUCGAGUUGACGAAGCAGCUACUGAAAGUGUACUUCCCACGGUUCCCCAAGGAGGGCUCCCUCAUCCUAUUCCAAGAAUUAAACGCGUGGAUCGGGCUGGAGAACCUCCAGAACGAUGAAGACAGCUUGCACCAGAACGAUGAUCCGUCACUUGCUCCUGCGGCAGAAAGGACGAGCGGCGUGCAGGCUCCCCCGCUGGGUAAAAUUUUACCGGUCUACUUGUCUUCAUUUCCGCUACUGCAUAAAUGGUUCUGGACAAUAUGCGCCUAUUGCAUUUUGCACGUCGGCUCCGAGUGUGUCUGUUACUGUUUAUUUCAUCUGUGUGUCAAACUAAAACAAUCCUCCUGGUCCUGGUGUAGUUGCGCUUGUUUGCAGAGAAGAAGUCGGAACAAGUGGAUGUAAGAACAGCCGCCAGUUGCGAAAACGUUUACUACAGAUCCCCAACAGCGGGCGCGCGAGCGGCACAUGCUCCUCCAGGCUCAGUUUUUUGGCGACCCGAAGACAGGGGAGUACAUCGAGAAUCGGAGUGGCACCAAAUCCCAUGACCACCUGAAAAAAAUGGUUCGUAAGCGCCAGGACAAGGAAGACGACGCCCGCACAACACGCGGAAAGGUACGAAACGCGUCAAAGAACGUAAGUCGUUUUUGUCAUUUUUUUUUUCACCUAGCGCUCCUCUCAUCUCCAAAAGCGAGAGAACUUUGUGAGGGUGUGACUCAGUGAUCAACUGCAGCACGACUGGGAAGAUCAUCCUGGAAACAAGUCAAGUAUGGUUCGCGUCUGGUGCUCUUUGCGAUUUUGAAUAAUGAACACGAAAUCGAUUUUUUCCCCCGGUCACAUCUUAGGACGGGACGCCCCAGAAUCAGCGAGACGACCGGUCGGAUGACGGGGAGCUGAUCGAAGCCUUUGUUGGCGACUGGGACCACGUAGCGCAGCGAAGGCUUAGCCUGACCAUGUGGGAGGCUGAAACCGCGCUGGAGUGUUCGCGCAUCUACUUCCGUUCCCUGCGUCACUGCGGGGAUAUGCAGUCCAAGCAGCUUGAUUUUCUCGUGGACCACAGCCAAAACCACGUGCCGCACUUGUGGUUUCUCGGGGACAAAAUACCCGCACGCUUCGCCGAAGAGGAGCUGCUGCGCUACUUCACAAGUACUAACUUGUUUUUCAGCUUCUUACACUAAGCGCUAUAUCAUGUUCAAAUGUAGUUGAAAAGUUAUCGUGUCAGUGCAUUUUCGUGCCUGCGCCUGCAUCACGCGGCCCACUAGAAUGCCUACUGGCUCUAAGACGUCGCUGCUUAGCUGCACUACUACUAGCUUCAAAAUGCUCGUCUCCGAUCGAGCGCUAUGGCCCCCGCGGAUCCGAAACAACAACAGGUCGCAUCGAGCCCUUUCGCGAGAUGGCCACGCCUGCGCCGGGGCGUCUCGUCCAGGAGUGUUUUCUCGUGUAUGCACACGCCACGGGACAAUACCUGCCCGCUUCCCGGCAGUUUUUUGGGGAGAUUGUCCGUACGGUCGAGUACAUUCUGCCGGGGAUGCAGUUUCUGAUUGUCCACCCCACCAUGGCUGUCAAGGCCUUGUUCGCGUUUUGGUACGCCACGGGGAUCAUCAGCAGCGACUUCUGGAAUCGUUUGGUCUACUGCGAUACGGUUGCCGAGGUGCGGCAGUACUUGCGGGACCGGGGGGAGGCAGUUCCGCGAUCGGUGGAGGAAUUUGACGCCUUUUUCGUACGCAGAAAAGCGCGGGCUGUGGGUCGGCAUAAGUACAUCCAAUUCAAAACUCCAUUGCCAAUGUGAUGAUGCCUCAUAUGUUUCUGUUUCAUCAUCUUCUUGCAGCAACACAACCACUACAAGUAGUGAGAGUGAAUAUGUAGUUUUCGAGUUCUUGAUGUGAUGUCGCUCUCCCUGCAGCUGUGGUGCAAUAGGUGUAGGUCAUCUAAAAGUCUGUACGGAAAGACAAAUCUUCCCAUUCUCAUUGUCUACUAUAUGCUGACCCACGCGCGUGCUUUCAGCAGCAUACCGAAACUCCGCUAAUUACUACUUUGCGGAGACGGCGAACGGAUGAAGGAGCGGAAGGGGCCGUGUUCGGCUCACGCACCACGGCGGAGGGGCCACGUUUUCCAUGAAAGACUGACUAGCGCAACUCAACUAUUUUCAAAUGUACUACGGAAGGACAUGUUCUCAAAUUAAUCUACUUACUGCAAAACAAGUCACCAAGUUAAUGAUAUGCAUCGCAGAACCGGACAGGUUCUACUCCGCCUCUUGCAUAACAGCAAGGCAGGUGGCUUCGCUUCACUACAUCAAUGUGCAAAUUAUAAGAGACGCAAAUGAAUAUUUCCCCACGACAGUACGCGUCGGCGCGAGAUAAAAUGUACUAGUCUCAACAAAUGAAACAGACACGCCCGCUUGCAAGAAACAUUGACUCCCCAUUGUAUCACAAGUUUUUCAAUGGAUCUUGUACCUGAGACAUUGAUAGUUCGCAGUAACGAACACUUGUACCAAAAUACAUUUGAUGUGCAUGCAGCACCUAUAAGUCUGGAAACCCGAAGAUACCACCAAAUUCAUUACCGGAU